UGUGCAUUUGAAUAUUUGGAGAGAAAGAAAGAGCAUUUUCUUCCCCCUGAAGCAAAAGAGAUCCAUCAACAUGUUUCAGAGCUGUAGUGAAGGACUGAGAGACGAACAGAUCAGAUCAGAACACACUGGAGGUUAUGAGGAGAUUUUUCAGAGUUGACAGAGAUGAAGAUUACGGACAGAUUCAAUAUCUCACUGCAAAAUGCAUCCGACUGUCUCAGGAGAAAGCAGUGCUCCAGCGCGAGCUGCUGGUGUCUCGAGAGCGGCAGCAGGCUCUGCAGGCGGAGAUGGAGGCUCUGUCAGUGCGAGUGUGUCAUAAGGAGCAGAUCUGCGUUGAGCUGAGCAUCAAAUACGAGCAACUGCUGGAGCGAUUUCAGCAGCAGCAGGAACAGGCUGAUGUCCUGCAGCAGCGUGUGCUCUCUGUGACGGAGGACAGGCGGAGAGACUCGUCACUGCUGUGUCUGCAGCUGGAGCAGGUGAGCUGUGAUUUACAGCAGCUGCAGGGCUCAGAGACGCAGCUGAUGGGCCUGGUGGACGAGCUGCACCAGGAGGCCCAGCUCAGAGCCCAGCAAGCUGAGGUUCUGGAGACGCGGCUCCACGAGGAAACUCAGUCAAAGGCACAGCUAGUAGAAGACUUAGAGAUGCAGCUAAAAAGUAAAUCCCUGGAGCUGGUGGAGCUGCAGAUGUCGCAUGAAGCCCUGCGGCAGGAUCUGUGUGAUCAGCACAGCGCCCACCAGAGGGCGGUGGAGGAACUGCGGCGAGAGAAUUCAGAGAGUCUCGGCAAACUCCGUGAAACGGCCGAACAGUUCGAGUGGCUGUGCGAGCAGCAGCGGAGGUGGAUGAGCUGUGUGAAGAGGUUUAAGGACUGUCUGUCAGGUGAGAAGGAGUCCCUGGAGCUGCAGGUGAACAGGUUGCAGGUGGAGUUGGAUGCUGUCAGGAAGACUGUGAACUCCGACUGUCCCUCAGAACCCCUCAGAAGAUGGGAUGAUGAGAGGAUAUCUGACCUCCAGGCUGAAGUGGACCAAUGGAAAAGACUGUAUGAAGACCUGCUUAAACUCACCACACAGCAGGGCCAGCGGGCAGCAGAUGGACACCUCAAACCCCCGUGAGGAUCCAAACACAGACGACAGCUUCACAUCACACACUGACCCAUCUGUAGUUCGGUUUAAAUCAUCGUUAUGGGGUUUAUGAAAAAAGGGAGAUGUUCAGAUUGAGUUAUUCGCCCUGUUAUUGUGUGUCCGUCGCAGUCUGUCAUGAUCCGGUCAGUAGUUCUGUUCUGUUCUGUUCUGUUCUGUUUGUUCUCUGAUUCAUUAACACUUUAAAGUCACCAGAAUUACUAUAAACCCUAAAUGAUAAAUCAGGAUUAUUAAUUUUAUGCAAGUGACCAGUGUAAGGUUGGAGCUGUUUAGCUGUGAUACAAAAGUUUGGAAUAAUGAUGUUUAUGAAAGAGUCUCUUCUGCUCACUAAGGCUGCGUUUAUUUGAUCAAAAAUACUGUAAAAAUAGUGAAAUAUUAUUGCAAUGUA